UGGAAAUGAAUCAAAAAAUAUAGAAGAUUCUGAUCGGAUAAAGACAUUACAUAUAGCCUAUCACAAUUGGGAACAUUAUAGUUCGGUGAGAAAAAUUGACGGACCACAUGAAGAUUUACUUCCAAAUUCAAUUGAAAAGAUGAUUAUGAAUUCAACCGGUGUAAAUAAUCUGAUAAAGAUUCGAGCACUAAUGGAAAAGUUGGAUAACGAUCAAGAUAAAGUUAUUAAUAAAUUAUUUGAAGAAAAACAACAAAAGGAAACUGACGGUGGAAAUGACGAAACUAACAAUAAAGAUGACAAAGGAAUAGUAAAGGGUGAAGUUGAAAUAGGAAAUCGUGAAGAUAAUUUAAUACUAACACCCAAAGAUUAUUUGCAAAAUGACGAAGAAUUAAAUUCCAAAGCUAGCGUUUUAAGUGAUGAUAAAAUUGAGAAAAAAGAAGAACAGGAGGAUGAUGAAGAGUGCAAGGAUAAGGAUGAUCUGAACAAUAUAGUGAAUGAUAUGGUGAAUGAUAUGGUGAGUGUUGUGAUGAAGGAUGUGGUGAAGGAUGUGGUGGAUGUGAUGAAAAACGAUGAGGCAAUUGAUGAGAAGGAAAAUGAUGUGGUGAAAAAUGAUGAGAUGGAGGAUGAUGAGAUGGAAGAUGAUAUGGAAAAGGAUAGAAUUGAAAGCAAAAUGAAAAUAGAAUCAUCAUCUGAAAGGAAUCAUAAGUCACCGCAAAAAAAAUCUUCAAUAGAUUCUUUGAAUUCAGAAAAAGAUGGGAAAUCAAAUGAAGAAAACAAGGAAAUCUCCUACAAUUCCCAACCAAAGUCAAGGAAGGAAAAACAUAAAGCAUUUGCUUAUGAUAUGGAAAUUAUGACUCACCUUUGCCUUCAUAUUCCUUCAUCAUCAUCUGAUUCCAAACGAAAUAAAUGCCAAACUAGAAGUGGGAGAAAAAUUCCAGAUUAUUAUGAAGAUUAUAAUAAUUCUUUAGAUGUUCAGAUUAAUAUUGAAAAAACAAAAUUUCUCGAGUUGAGUAGUCGCAACAUAUAUCCACUUUGUAAGCCAUUUAGAGAACUUUCCAAAGAAAAUGCGGGAGGUUUAUUUGACAUAAUAGCUGAUAAUACAGCGGUUGAAUUUAAUCUUCCCAAAAAUAUAAAAGAAUAUCUCAAAGACCUUCUUAGCGAGAAAUUUUCUCCUUUAUUACCAUUAUGGUGGCUUACAAGUGGAUGGAGACGAGAAAACUCGGUCUACUCAAACACACAUAAUGACAGAGCGUAUAAUAUUAAUUAUAUCCAAAAACCAUCACAAUAUGGACACGCAAGCAGAAACGAUGCCGUUUUAUAUCAAGACAAGGAUGCGACGAUUCUAUAUGAACAAUCAUAUGGACCUAUGGAAUUUGUACCAUCACACCAAUUAGAUGAUUUCGUUAAACUGGCAAAAAAUGGAGUAGACGACUUGAAUUACCACUUUACACAUAAUAAAAAUUGUACAACUACCAUGGCAAUGAAAUUUAAAUCUAUACUAAUUGAUCUAACUCUUAUGUUUUUAGAAUAUUUAAUCUCAGUAUAUCUUAUUGACAUUAUUCGUGUAAAAACUUAUAGAAUUUAUUCAGAAAGAUGGGAAUUAUUAAAUAUUGCAAGAUUUGGUGCCCUUUUAGAGAAAUUGCUAGCCGAAAGACGAAUGUACAGCAAAGUUGCAGAAUAUAACGCCAAAACAUUAUUCUCUGAAGACUAUUCCAAUAUCUUUCCCUCUCAAAAUGGACGUAUUGAAGCAAGCACAGAUGAAGAAAACAAUCUGAUGUUUGGGAAGGGCGAGAAGGAUGAGGCGAGUCAAUAG